ACGCGGCUGCGCUGGGACGGGGCGCGGGGCUCGGGGGGGGCCCGGGGCUGCACCGCGGGGUUGUCCCGGGUGUCCCACGGUGAGCAGCCCCCGGCCCCUGCCCGACCCGCCGGUCCUGACCGUCCUUGGGCAGCCGGUCCUGCCGGGAUGGCCGCCCGCAUCCUGCACCGGCUGCGGCACGCGUUGGGCGGCGAAGGCGGCCGGGAGGAGCGGGAACACGGAGGCUCCGAGGCUGAGGACUGCCCGGAGAGCUCCGAGCUGGAGGACGACACGGAGGGGCUGUCGACACGCCUCAGCGGCACCCUGAGCUUCACGAGCCACGAGGAGGAGGAGGAUGAAGAGGAAGGUGCUGGAGAGGAGCUGGGGGAACAGCCGCAGCCGAUCGGGGCAGCAGCCGGUGCUGAGGAUGGAGGCAGGUGCUGGGGGACCAGGAUGGGUGCAGCAUCCCGGGGGGGACCCAGGCGCUGGCAGGGGUCCCCAUGCCCCGUGGCGGGUGGGCUGACAUCCCCUCCCGAUGCAGAGUGCGGCGGUGGCAGUCUCCUGACCCGGCAGCUGCAGGAGCUGUGGCGGCGGUCGCGGGGCAGCCUGGCACCGCAGCGGUUGCUCUUCGAGGUCACCAGUGCCAGCGUGGUCAGCGAGCGCUCCUCCAAGUACGUGCUCUACACCAUCUACCUGAUCCGCUCUGGCCAGUUCGACAAGGCCCCCGCCACCAUCACCCGGCGCUACUCGGACUUUGAGCGGCUGAACCACCGCCUGCGCUGCCGCUUCGGCUGUGACAUGGCCGGUGUCGCCUUCCCCAGGAAGAGGCUGCGCCGGAACUUCACCGCCGAGACCAUCGCCAAGCGGAGCCGAGCCUUCGAGCAGUUUCUGUCCCACCUGCACUCCAUCGCCGAGAUCCGACGCUCUCCUGAGUUCCUCGAGUUCUUCUUCCUGCAGGACCUGCGUGCCGCGCAGCGCCUGACCUGCACCGGGAUGUACCGGGAGGCCCUUGCCACCUGGGCCAAUGCCUACCGGCUGCAGGACCGGCUGGGGGUCUACGGUUCUGGCCGCUUCCUUCUGACGCUGGCGGGGUUGGCUGUGUGCCACCAGGAGCUGGACCAGCUUGGGGAGGCCCAUGGCUGCUGCGAGCAGGCACUGGAGCUGCUGGAGGCCCAGGGCAGCCACCCGCUGCUGGGGCCCUUCCUGCAGGCACACAUCCACCUGGCCUGGAAGGUGGGCAAGGACAAGCGGCGCUCGGAGGCCCGGCUGCAGGACUUGCAGGAGGCUGGGCCACCCCUGCAGCAGCAGCCCACCCUGAAGGAGUGUCUGAUCAAGGAGCCGCUGGAGUGAGCGCCCUGUGGGGCAGGGGGCUGUUGGGGGCUCGUCCCCAGGCAGUAGGGAGUAGUGCUGUGGGUGGGGACAGGGCAGGAAGCAGGGUGGCACAGCAUGGGAGGUGCCACCAAAAUGCACUUUCUGUGGUUGGUCGGCCCGGUGGGGCUGGGUGCUCAUGGGUGCUCACCACCUGCUCUGCCCCCACUGUAGGGGCUGCGAGAGCAGACUGGGACAGACUGACACCGCAUAAGGGAACGGGAGGGCUUCUGGCAGAGCCCAGGGUGCUUGCCAGGAGCUUCCCAUAAAGCUCACGUAACACUAAAAA